AUGGAAGAACUCAUGAUCUCACCCUCCUCGUCAUCCUCCGCUCCCGGCCCGCCGCCACCGGCGACCCUCCAGCAGCGCCUCCAGUACCUGCUCCAGAGCCAAAUCCCAGACUGGUGGGCCUACGCCAUCUUCUGGCAGGCCUCCAACGACAUCGAAUCGGGCCGGAUCUUCCUCUCCUGGGCCGACGGCCACUUCCAGGGCGCCACCCACUCUGCUCCCCCAAAACUCACCUCCUGGUCCCACCACAACAAACACCCUUCCGCCGACACCACCGGCGGCGGCUUCGACAACGACGUCACCGACGCCGAGUGGUUCUACGUCAUGUCCCUCACCCGCUCCUUCGCGGCCGGGGACGGCGUCCCCGGGAAAUCCCUCACCACCGGAUCCCUGACGUGGCUCUCCGGGGCCCACGAGCUGCAGUACCACAACUGCGAUCGGGCCAAGGAGGCCCAAUUGCACGGCCUCCGGACCCUCGUCUGCAUCCCGGCCCAGGGGGGAGUCAUCGAGCUCGCCUCCUGCGACGUCGUCAAGGAGAAUUGGGGGCUCGUCCAGCAGGUCAAGUCCCUCUUCGGGUCGGAUAACAGUACCACCGGGUCGUCCAAGAAUCCGACCCAUCCGAUGCCCCCGUUCCUCGACAUGAACAUCUCCUUCGCCGACAUCGGGAUCAUCGCAGGGAUCCAGGAGGACGAUUACGACGACGACAACAACGACGAUGAUCGGAAGCGGCGGCAGAUGGAGGAGAAGGAGAAAGAUCAGUACUCCCGGAGCAACAACAAUAACAAAUUGGCGGGUCACUAUAUGGACUCGGAGCAUUCGGAUUCGGACUGUCCGUCCGUCGCCGUUAAUAACGGUAACGGGAAGGUGAAGCGGGUGCCGAAGAAGAGGGGGAGGAAACCCGGUUUGGGGAGGGAGACGCCGUUAAACCACGUGGAGGCAGAGCGUCAGAGGCGGGAAAAGCUGAACCACAGGUUCUACGCGCUGCGGGCGGUGGUCCCCAACGUGUCCAGGAUGGACAAGGCGUCCCUCCUAUCCGACGCCGUUUCGUACAUCAAGGAGCUGAAGGCUCGGAUCGAGGAGCUCGAGGUGCUGGCUCCCCCGCCUCCAGCGAAGCGGGUCAAGUUGGAGUCCGCGGACAACAACAGCACCGCGGACAACCACAGCACCACCACCUCGGUGGAUGGUGGUGCCGUGGAUGCGCCCGCCGUGAUCGCCGCGGCGGGCGCGGUCGUCGGUCCCCACCUGGAAGUGGAGGUGAAGAUCGUGGGGACCGACGCGAUGGUUCGGGUCCAGUCCGAAAAUGCGGGCCACCCGGGGGCGAGGCUGAUGAGCGCGCUGCGUGACGUGGAUCUGCAGGUGCACCACGCCAGCAUGUCGUGUGUCAACGAGCUGAUGCUGCAGGACGCGGUGGUUCGGGUCCCCGAAGGGCUCCGGACCGAGACCCGGCUCAAGUCCGCGAUUGUGGCCAGAUUAGAGCUCUAA